AUGGCGAAACGAACCCUAGAAUCCUUCUUCAAGCCUAUCUCGCCGCCAUCAACCGAGAAGCGCAUCAAACUUGACCCAUCCACCGGUGAAUGGCAGUCGCAGGAGCCUGACACAAAAUCGACGGGUACACGAACAGACGAAUCCAAUGUCCAACCCAGCAAUCACCCAACCUACCCAAUUCCAAUCCCACGCCUCCCCUCUCAUAUCGAUGUCGGUAUACAACACGGGACACCAGCGCGACAAGCACGCAGCAUAACCAACCAACCACACCUCGACCUUCUUCACUUCCAGCCUUUUCUGGCACGGCAAACAGCAAACGAAUUGUUCAAGUUUCUGCGACGUGAACUGCCCUUCUACCGGGUCCAAUAUUCGAUCAAAAGAGGCGGAAUCGAGACGUCAAUUAACACUCCUCGCUUCACAACUGUCUUUGGAGUCGAUGAUACGGCAAGAUUUGUGAGGUCAAGUCUAGAGGAUUCGACUCAGGAUCAAACCGCGGAACCCGAGGUGAGCCUAGCUCAUAAUGAGCUCACCCUCAUAAACACCGAGACGAAAGCCCCCAUUUCGCCAACAAAAUACCAAUAUAAACCUCGACCUAUACCGCCUUGCCUCAAUAUCCUACGCAAGCAAGUCGAAGCCGCAACAGGCUCGACCUACAACUUCUGUUUGGUAAAUUACUACGCCAGCGGUGAGGAUAGUAUAUCCUUUCACUCAGACGAUGAGCGGUUCCUAGGUGAUCAACCGAAUAUUGCGUCGUUAUCACUAGGCGGAGAGAGGGAGUUUGUAAUGAAGCAUAAACCCCCUCCCCCUACCGGUUCAUGCGGGAGUACCAGUGUCGGGAUGAAUGAUGACCCCCGGAGCAAAACCGUUGCGGAUAACAGCACUACGACGUCGACCGCCCCGACUCAAAGAUCCCCGUUCCAAGGAUCGGGUACGACUGAUUUCCAACAUGGGGUUGCACAACCACAACCUCAAAGGCAGAUGCAGCUCCAGGCUGGAACGAAGAGCCCUGCGUCGCAGCAGAUCAAAAUGCCCCUCGCAUCGGGGGAUAUGGUCGUAAUGCGGGGUGACACGCAAGCCAAUUGGUUGCAUAGUAUACCGAAGAAACGGGGACGGGCGGGGGAUGCGGUGCGGGGACGAAUAAAUAUCACAUUCCGGAAAGCGGUUAUACCUGCCGGCACGAAUAAUUAUUAUCAUUAUAAUGUUGGGAGUGGGCCCGUUCAUCGGUGGGAUGAGGGGAGGGGUGUGAUGGAGAUUAUGAAGUAG